UUGGGAUCGGACGGAGCUCUGAGCGCUUCUGUGUUUUGAUAUCGAAGUACGGACUGGCUUUGACGGCCGUCUGUUUUUGGAAGAGAAAAGUGGCCCCCAGUGGACCUUCUGCACCUCGUUUGUUCCCGAGGUGCUGCUGUGCGACUGGGCAGCGUAUGAAGAACGUCCAUGUGUACAAAUCACGGUGGUUACAUAUAAGACAGUUGAACAAAUGGUUCUAGAACUAGGAGAGAAAAACUGUUUGACUUCUGCAGACUUAAUUUCUUAGUUUUAUGUUCAAAAUGGGUUGCAGGUUUUGCUGUUGGAGGCCGAAGGAUUAAGUGGAGUGCAAACCAGGGCGUGCCUGCGGCAGUCGAGAUCGCUUCAAAUCGUUUUUUGUCUAAGCAAGCAGGAAAAUGUGCAUUCGAGACUGUAAUUAACUGAAGUUCUGGUGUUCAGCGAUGGAAAGCCCACAAACAAAUUUCCCUCUAGGACUCGUUUCAGAGCAAAAGAGGAGUGGGAUCCAGGAGGAUGGGAGCCCCCCGCUGAAAAAGCUAAUGACGGAGAUGCACGUAAAUAGCCAAGUACGAGUCGUGAUAAAUAAACUGCCAACAAUCAAGAAGGAAAACUUGGACGAAUAUGACGAAACUUCUGUGGAGGCUGACGGGGAGAGUGCCAAGCCAAACAGUUCCUCAAUCUCUGAACCUUUGAAUUUAAAUCCAGGUCUGAAACACACGUUGGCACAAUUCCACUUGAGCAGCCAGAGCUCGCUGGGUGGACCGGCGGCUUUCUCAGCUCGCUAUUCCCAGGAGAGCAUGUCACCCACCGUCUUCUUGCCUCUUCCAUCACCACAAAUCCUGUCUGCUCCGCUGCUCAUUCCUCCCGACAGCUCCACAGAGCUCACUCAGACUGUACUGGAGGGGGAAUCCAUCUCUUGCUUUAAAGUCGGAGGAGAAAAAAGGCUCUGCCUGCCUCAGGUGUUGAAUUCAGUUCUUCGAGACUUUUCUUUGCAGCAGAUUAAUACAGUGUGUGAUGAACUGUACAUAUACUGUUCCAGGUGCACUUCCGACCAGCUUCAUAUUCUGAAGGUUUUGGGAAUUCUUCCGUUCAAUGCUCCGUCCUGCGGGCUGAUUACACUGACUGAUGCUCAGAGACUAUGCAAUGCUUUACUACGUCCUCGCACUUUUCCUCAAAAUGGCAGCUUUCUCCCUGGUAAGAACACAUUGGCCCAACUGAAGGAGACUGGCAGUGCCUUCGAAGUAGAGCACGAAUGCCUGGGCAAGUGCCAGGGUUUGUUUGCACCUCAGUUCUACCUUGCUCCCGACGACCCCUGUAUCCAGUGUCUGGAGUGCUACGGGAUGUUCUCACCCCAGACCUUCGUGAUGCAUUCGCAUCGAUCCCCCGACAAGAGGACCUGCCACUGGGGCUUCGAGUCAGCCAAGUGGCACUGCUACCUUCAUAUUAACCAAAAAUACCUGGGAACGUCGGAGGAGCGGGAGCUGAAGCAUCUCUUGGAGGAGAUGAAGGAGAAAUUUAGUGAGAAAAAUCAGAAAAGAACUCGAUCAAAAGUGGAUUCCCAGCAGAGCCUAGAUUUAUCGCAGUGGUAUCCUGUGAUCAAGCAGGAAGCAGAAGCUGAUCCUCAGCCACCUUCCUUCUUCCAUCCCAGUUACUACCUUUAUAUGUGUGACAAAGUGGUUGCCCCAAAUGUAUCUCUUGCAUCACAAUACAAGGAUGUUACAAAAACAACAGUCAAAGCUUCUGAGGUAAUCAAGUCUUCAUCUGGAAUGUCAGAGAAAAAGCUCACUAGUGGAAAGCACAAAAAACCUGCCUCCUAUCCAGAGCUUUCUCUUGAGGAACAGGAGAAAAUUGACUUGAAAACUGGUCUGGAGCAGCAUAAGCGUUUAGAUCCCCUGGCGUCAGCUCAUUCUGCAAGAGGUGGGAAAUCCGAACGUCUUUCUUCCAAAAGCAUGAGAGGCUCCAGAUGUGUUGAAGUAGGUAAUGAUGGGAGAACGUUGUCCCCCACUCUCAUGAAAGACAUCAGCUGUGAAGACGACAAGGGAAGGAUCAUGGAAGAAGUAAUGAAAACCUACAUCAAACAGCAAGAGAAACUAAAUACUAUUUUGCGGAGGAAGCAGCAGCUCCAAAUGGAAGUGGAAAUGUUAAACAACUCUAAAGCUAUGAAGGAACUGAGUGAAGAGCAGCAGAAUUUGCAAAAAGAACUUGAAUCUCUGCAAGCUGAGCACGCUCAAAGAAUGGAAGAGUUUUAUUUUGAGCAGAGAGACUUGGAGAGGAAACUGGACCAAAUGAUGAAGCAGAAGUGUACCUGUGAGUCCAGCUCAGAGAAGGACAAGGAAGCAGAAUAUGCAGCACAGCUAGCAGAACUGAGACAGAGACUGGAUCACGCAGAGGCAGACAGACAGGAGCUUCAAGAUGAACUGAGACAAGAACGAGAGGCAAGGGAGAAGUUGGAGAUGAUGAUAAAAGAAUUGAAGCUGCAGAUCUUGAAAUCUUCAAAAAAUGGGAAUGGAAAAUAGAAGUUGGAAAACAAGCACGACUGCGUCCUUCAAACAGGGUGUUCCAUUUUUUAAUGAAUUGUGAGCAGUUUCUGUGCGAUAAGAAGUAUUCUCUACAGAUUUCUGUUUGCCAUACAAGUGCAGAUGAAGAUAUACAUAUAUAUAAACAAACAGAUAGGGACACAUUUUUAGAUUUUCCUACCCAAUGGAAAUCUGCAUUUAUUUGUACUGGUUUUUCUCAAACUAUGAAAAAAUAAGAAAGUUCAGAUUUAGAGUGCCCGGUUUCUGUUUAUUUCUAAUGCAGCCCUUGAGGACCCUCUGCCUUCUAACAUUGUCUGUUAAAACAGGUUUGAUGAUCUUUAUUUUAUUAUCGAUUUCACAUCCGGUUAUAAAAGUACUUAAAAAAAAAAUCUUAAUUUCUUCAAGGCCAAAAACAGUUGAGUUUUCAGUGAGAAUUUUGUGUUCCUGAGCCGGGGAAAGAAUAAAGGCAGCUGUGAGGUAAUGCUCAAAAUCACCAUGACAGUAGAUGGAUGAUUAUCAGAAGUGAUUUACCAGCAUGAGUUUUCCCAUAAUUCUGUUACGUGAAGUCAGGCUGACCUUUUCAGUGUGAGCUACUUGACAACUCAGUCAGCAGUUUUAGAGCAGGUGUUUGAUCACCGUGCUGGAAGAACAAAGCAUUAGGAGUGUUGGUUUUUUGUUGUUGUUUCAAGUUAAGGAAAAAUGACAUUCAGAAAUGGAAUGUUCUAAAACUAAAAAUUCUCAGUUUUUAUUUUCUUGUACAUAGCAGUUAAAGGAAACUGUUUAUCAGGUCUGGUAGCUGCAGGACAAGGGGCAGUGGAAGGUGUCCCUGCCACGGCACAGAGCUUGCAGCCAGAUGAUCUUUGACUGUCCCUUCCAGCACAGACGUGUAGGAUUCCUUGGCUUGCCUGGUUUUCAGGUACCAAUGCUUCCAAGAAAAGUAAUAUUUAUUAAAAGAAAAAAAAAAUUACUGGUUUAUUUAGUAUCUUAAGCCUCUACACUUCAAGCUUCCUGUUAACUUGUGAAUUUUUCUUUCUAUACAUAGAACAGGCCUUAACUGACAUUGUGGUAAUUGCUUAGAGAAAUAGAAUUCUAAGAUACAGCACUUUGAAAAUCAGUUUGAUUGUUUCUACAUUUGAAUGGCAUGGUGAUGUUACCAUGCAUUAAGAAAUACAGCAUGUUUGUUGAGCUCUGACACUUAGAAAUAUGUCAUUGUACAGAAUUUCCACUUUAUGUGUAUAUAUUGCAUUUACUCAAGUACUUCAGCAGUCCGAUUCCUGGUAGAUUCAGUGCAUGACUACAGAUUUGGAUGGAGAGGUACUCCUGUGCACUUCUUUUCCAAAAGUUUGACAUCGCUGACAGACGUUGGCUGAUUGUGACUAGAAUUAUCUCAGUAGUUCUGUUAUUUCACUACGUUAUUUUAACCCGUGUUCUAGCUUACGUUUGCUGUUUGGUUUUUUUAAGGUGCUUAGGUUUAUUAUUCUCUUAAAGAAGUUGAUUAAUUCUGGAUAAAACCACUAGUAAAAUCCACUGGCAUCAGUUUAUUCUGAACUAGUGAAAAUGAAAACUGAGUUCUUUCUUAGCUCUCUUUUACAGAAAUAGAAAAUGGCACAACUCUUUAAGCUGAGUGAGAAAGGAGGUGAUACAAGUUGUGGAGUCAUAGAAUGAGUCUUUCAUACCAGUGCAUGAUUUUCUUUAUGGACCCUGUGUCAUAUUCACACUGAUCGUUAGGGCAGAUUAGAUGAAAAGAAAUGAAACUUAUUUGGCAAUGUUGAUCAGAAAAGGGGAUCCAGAUGAUGUUUUUCACGUCUUCUUCAACUCCAUCUCCAAAUUAUUGCUUAAAAACAGAACAAAAAAAAAGACUGUCUUUACAGCAUAGCAAUGGUUUGGAAGGAAGCGAAUGUGCUGAGUAAAAAUGGCAGCAGUGUUGGUAGAAGAGUGAUGUGAGGCACUGGAGCUCAAGGCUGGAUCAGCUAGAUUGACGAGUCAGGAAACACCAGCCUGGGAAACCAGAAGGUUUCAUUGGGGUGUUAUCAUUUCUAGCUGCUUUUCAGUAUCAGGGUUGUGAACCAAACUUGUUCAGUUGUCAGUGUAGAUAAGGCCCUCCGGACUCACUUCAUAUGGCUGAAGUGAUGGGUUCACUGCAGUGUUUGUAGCUUAGCUGUCAAACAAAUGGAAUCCUCAUGGGAUUAUGAUCUUAGAGCACUGUACUUUCAGUUUUUAUUCAGGUCCUGUCUGUGUGACGUUCCUUGCUCUGAGGUUUCCCACUUCACCUCUGGUUGAUUUCAACCUGUGGCAGCUGCUGCUAUUGCUGGGCUUCCCCUGCCCCAGCCUGCACUUCUGCUGUGCCAACCAGCUUCUGCUGAAGGCAGCCAUAGUUUGUACUCCUGUUUUCACUUCUGCAAGAACUCUAGCAGCUGGCAUAGAGUUUUAGCAGUUCCAGCUGCAGGUGAGGCUUCCUAAUACUUUUAAGACAUCUGGCUGAAAAAGUUAGCUGGACAUCUGUUGAGAUGACCUUAAAAUAGCUUUGUAAAUAUUCCAUUUAGUUAAUCUAAAGUUAGAAUGCGUUUUAAAUUAUUGUAAUCCUCUUAAAAUUCUUCAAUAUUACUUUCAGGUUGCUUACAUAAAUAAUUUUCAUACGUGUAGACUUAAUUUUAUACUGGUUUUAAGUAAUAAUGUAAACAUAACUGUGCCAUAGAUUUUGUGCGUUCGGUCUUUGAAAGAUAGUUUUUGAGUGAGUUGUAAAUAACACUCUGGUAGCUCUAGAACAAACCCACAUUGACCUUUUCUCUCUACCUUAUGCUUGUUAUAUUGAGUGGUUUGUUUUACAACCUAACAUAGAAUCUUGCAAUGAACACUUGAGGGCCCUCACUUAAGUACACACUCAAUGGUAGAAGCCAGUUCGGUCGUUAGGUUCUUGCUUUGAGCCAUGCUCGUCUGAUGCAUUUCUCUUUGUUUUGCCUUCAGCUUUCAUUUGCUGAUCUUCCAGGCAGAAAGUUGCUUUCUCACAUAGUUGUGGCAUUAAGUCUUCAGAGGAGAAAAAAAAAAUACAAAUAAAGCCUAGAGUUGUUCAGUGUUUUAAUAGUUUCCUGGUUGAGCACCUAGAGUGCAAACAAAGCUGCCUGUGUGUGCACUUUCUGGAACUCGGAUUCAGGGUGAAUGUCUGUUUGCUCCUAUGUGUCAGGAAAACAAAAAAGGACUUUCACAUGCUUUGUGUGCUCUGAUGAGCACGAAGAUGUGAGAACUCAGAGAGUACAGCGUGCAGCUUUGGCCGUCUGGCAGUACCCUCGCUCACAGUACCCUGGAUGGAAGAGAUGUUAUCUCAGAUCUCCAAACUCAUGUUUCAGUUUUUGUAAAGCAUAUCGUUGAGCUCGGGAAUUCAGAUAAAUGUGGUUCUGUUUCACAUUCUUCCACUAAUUUUAUUCUAUAUUUAAUAUAUUAUAGCUUAGGUGUAAAAUCGUUUGUAUAUAGUGAAGGCAUAAUGCAAUUAGUGAAGUAGGAAAAGUUGGGUGGAAGCUUGAAGCUUCUGGUGGCCCAAAAAAAUGUGGCUCGGUCCAUGUUUUAGAAGUCACAACUGUUUGUUCAUACAUUCUUGGUUUAUCUUGGGGGUUGGAUUGCUGUCCCAUGUUAUGGACUAUUCAGAAGACUUUCCUAGCAUUAGCUGUGGAGCUGGCUGUCGUGGUCAGCUUCCUUGAGUUCACUUGUUUGUGGAGCAUAUAUUUUGACUGUCAGCAAAGAGAACGACUUUGUAUUUUUUCUGCACUUAAUUCAUGUAAUUAAUCCACACAACAGUUUUCUAUAAUACGGUGAAGUUGACAAAAGAAUAAUCCCACCUACCUGUUAAUCUGUGCUUGAAAUCUUCCAGUAGUUUUAUUUCAGCUGUCAACAGCAAGCUGCAAUAAGCUGCAAGGUUCAGUUUUCUGUUUUGCUCAUUGAUGUGAGAAGUACUCAUCGAUGUUUUCAUUAUAGAGAGCUUAUAGGAUGUUCAGUUUUUUGCUUAUCUCUUUGAAAAACAGAUCCGUAUUUUCAGCUUUUGUGAACGUCAGUGGCUGCAGCUCACAGAUGGCAUGAGAGCUCGUUGUGUGUCUCCAUUAUUUAGCAAGCCAGUUUUGUUCAGCGUUAGCUGUUCUGCUGGGAAAUGCUUGAAAAAUAAGCAAAGCACUUCGUCAAGCACAGCAAACAAACGGUAUGAAAUUUUGUUAUUGGAAAACUGCCUCCGUAACAACAUCAGUUGACUCUCUGGUUUUCUUCCAAUAUAGAUACCUCACUGAAAGGAAAGCACAGUUACACUGCAUUUAAAAUAGAUGUACGGCUCGCCAAGUUGGUCUGAAAUAUUUUGUUGCAGUUACGUUGCUUCCUGUGAUUGAUGAAAAUCUCUUUUUGUUUUCACGCUCACUCUCAAAAGUAUUUAUUGGUGUUGACAUGCCAGUGUGACUGUGUUGGAUUACAGAAGGUGGCUGCAAAGCGACACAGCGCUCUGCUGGGCUGGAGGCAGCAGCUGGUGACUAUUCCAAACCACAGCAAGCCUGUGAGAUCCAUCGCUGCAUCCAACAGUUUGUAAUACUUUGCCAAUGAUGUACAGUCUUAUUGUUAGCGUUGCUGUGGUUGCAUUACAUGACACACAAAACUGUCCUCUACCUCACGUGAGAUUAACAGAUAUUUUAUAUGGUUUUAGUAAACAAAAUGCAUCUAUCUGGUCACUUAGUUUACAAAUUUUGAAUUAUAUUUAUUGAAACAUGACAUACUGUGCUCUUAGCUUAUACCUCAAUUGUAUUCUGUGCUGUUAUCCAUUUUCAUGCCUUGUAAAUACGUGUACAGAUUGUGGAUUCAAAAAUAAAAACUGUACCAUCAGAA